CUAUAAAUAGGGAUUAUAUUCUUAUAAAAAUUGAACUGAACAAUUAUGCUAAAUUUAUUUAAUUGAAACUUACACGUUUAAUAAAAAUUAUUAGGAGCGUGAGAAACAAUACGUUUAUUCUUCGAGAUGCCGACACCAAAUGAGGAGUAAAAUGCCGUCUCUGUUGUUUAGACGCUCGCUUCUUUGCUCACUCCAUUGUGCACUUUCUUGACGAUUAUAGAAUUUUAUUUAUCAAUUUAUUUACGGGUAGUUUUAAUUAUUUGUUUUGUCCGGGCAACGCAAAUUAAUAGUCGUCAAAGUUCAGACACAUUUAUUAUACGUUUAAUUAACUGUCGGUGAAAAUUUCAGUCGUAGCAGGGAGGAGAGGAACAGCGAGGAGAGUGGAAGUGGUUCCUUGUUUCGACUUGAUUUGUGCGUACGGGAGCAGUCAUCACAACAAAGUAAGACAAGUUUCAACCUGGCUAUUUUUACACGUAUAAUUUACUACAUUACUAAAAAAUAAUCUAAAAUUUGCAUAUUUAUCCUAUAGAUUCACUAAAAAUUACGUAAAGGCUGGUGAAAUACACGUCUAUCUAAUUAAGGUAUGUAUAUUUAUAUGGGCAACAUAAUAGUGAAGCAUAUGUAUAAUUAAUACUGCAAAAUAACAAAUUUUCACAUGUUGUUUCUCUGCCAUAAUCAUAAUUCAUCCUUCUUGCUGUUUUUACAGAUACACGACUAUUUCAUAUUAUCAUUUGAUCAUGGCCCCGAAAAGCGAUAAUACGUAUAAUAAAUAAUAUAGUAUAUUUUAGAAUAAUUUAUACAAUUCAUCCAAAUUUAUUGGUGGAGAAAACGAACGAGUAAGCAAACAAGCGUCAAGCCAUCGCAGUCAAUCUUUCUCAUGGCACAGUCAAAACGUUCCUCUCCCUCUCAUCCAUUCUUCCCUUCAACUUGAUUGUUCCUUAAACGUAUAAAGUUUCAAGUUAUGUUUAAGCAGUUGUUAAUUGUUGACGUCGUAGUAUUUUAAUCAUUAAUAGUUCAGUAAUGUAGUAAGUUUAAUUUAUAGAACAAAGUCCACUCGAAAAAAUUAAAAAAAAAUCAUCUGACGACGAUUCAGAUUAUUGUGCAAAUAGUGAAGGAAUUUCAUCGUCAAUGGAAGAAUACGUCGCAGGUAAGAAAUCAACAUUCAUUUAUAAAAUAUUAAGAUUAUAUUAAUGUCUUCAUCAGUGCCUAAAAAACAUAGUAAACGUUUAAAUAAUUUAUGAAUUUUAUUAACAGAAAUUCCAAGAGGACGUUCACAGCGACGAGUCCUUCCCAAACGACAAUGUCGAGACCACGGACCAUCGCGAUCACUACUGGAAUUUGAGGAAGCAUUUUCAAAGAAGCGUGAGAAAACUAUCGCCCGCAGUCAAGCCUCUUCAUCAUCAAACAACCACCAUGUAGACGAGCAGCAGAACAAUAGUUUUAAUCCAGGUAUGAUUCAAUAAUCAAUUAAUUCAUUUUCUUUAAUAUAUUACAUGUAUGUUAAUAAUUUAUGCAUCACUUAUUGUUAAUUAUAUUUAAAUAUUUUAUUGUAGAAAACGAACAAGGCAAAAUCGCAUCAAAAAGUUUGUCGCCAGUAAUAACUGAACAUGUCGCAAUGAUGGGUGGCGGCCAGCCUGAUGAAGACUUUUUGGCUAUAGGAAAGAAUAUGAACUCGUCCGAUGAUAACUCAAAGCACCGACCAGAAUAUUAUCCAACUGAUAUGGAUCCUUCGUCAUCUUCUGAUGACGAAGAACUAGUCGUGCAGACUACAAGAGCUCGGACAAAGAAGAGAGUUCUAUUCAAGCGACAACGUCGCGAUCAUGAACCUUCACGAGGACUGAUCAAAGAUAAAACCACAUCUUCAGUCAACAACGACAUUAAUAAAAGUUCGUCUACAUCAGAAGAGUCAGAUGAAACAUAUAUAGAUGUUUGGUCAUACUGUUUAUCCAACUUUGGACUUCAACCACAACAAAUGCACAAGAAAUUGAUACUUGAGCGUCUCCUGUCAAUAUCAAACUAUUUGGAAUACCAAUUGGACGAAAAAACCAACAGAUUAAACGAGUAUAUGCAGAUCCCGUCUACCUCUCCGGAAUCAUGUGACCGAUCAUCUACGUCUUUUCAAGGACCAUCUACUUCAAAUGGUCCACGUUCAAUUAAUACUGGGGGUCAGCUUAAGAAGAGAAUAUUCCUAGCGUCAAAAUCACAAAUUCAAAAGGUUGAAAAACUAAAAAAGGAACAAGUAAAAGAAUCUUCCGUUUUCAAGGAAUGCGAAUGUGCACAUUGUACAUACAAUCAAGAAAGAGGAAAUCGUGCCAAGAAGACUGGACAUAUGUGCACUAUUUGUUCAAAAUGUUUCUCAACCACUCAACACCUCAGACGUCAUAUGUCUGUUCAUUCAAAUGAGCGACCAUUCGUCUGUAUGUAUGAAGGGUGUGGGGUCAAAUUUAAGUCACAAGAAAUCCAACUUAUACAUCAGAAAAUACACGAAACCGGAGAACGACCCUUAAACCAACAAACUAUAUCAUCCCAGACUGAGAUUGGCGAGAUGAUUUUUGCUUGCGACGACAUGAAGAAAGUGGUCUGUAGACCGAUGACAAAACAAGAUAAGCAAGAUGAUGACCUUCGUCGGAUAUAUUUCAUCCCAGUUGAGCAAGAUGAUGUACAAGUAGAAAAGACAUUAAAUUACACAAAUUUGAGUGACAUCAAAGUCAGAGCAAGGCAAAUGAAGAAAAAGGUCAUAAGAGGACUCGCCUCAGAAUACAUUGAUGCGGAAAGGGGUUGUGUCGUCCGGCAUGUGGUGAAACAAGGAAUGGAAUGGGAGGUAGAAAAGGCCGUCGCUUUUCCCCAUCUUUACAAAGGUCGCAGGCUUGCUAAAAGAGCCAAAACUUGGCACCGACUUCGUCUUGGAUCUAUCGGGAACUCAGCAGAACUAGAAGCCAUCCCACUAUUUAAAGAAUUCUUUUCCCAACUAGAGGAACAAGUGCAACUUCAUGCGGACCUGUUUGACGAGAAGACUGCAGAUAUGGUCAGAAGUAGGGUAUUACCAGACGCGUUUAAUGGGGGCCAUAUCCAAAUGACAACAACUGUUCCAUUAUCUGAUAUUUUGAACUACUGAAUUUAAAAUGUUUACUUGUUUAUAUUAAUUAUACGUCUAGAAGUGAUUUGUAGAUAUUUACAUGUAUAAUCCAAUCAUUUUUUGCCACUACUGUUUAUAUUUCACAAAGAACUUAAUUAUGUUAAUAUACUAUUUAAUUUACGUGUCAGGUCGACAUAUAUCAGUGACAUUAUACUACUACUGGAUGGAUGAAUGGAUAAUAUCUAGGUAGAAUACGUGACUACAUAUAGGCUUUAUUGUAUAAAAUAUGUCAAUGUGGCUGUUUUGUGGAAAUUUUAGAAUAAAAGGAUCAAUGCUCAAGAUUGUAGAUUGAAAGAUUUAAUGCGAUUUUUUAAAUAAACGUUUAGGUGAAUGAAUAGAUGGGGGCCGUUUGUUGAUGGUAUUGAUUUCAUGGAUUUAUU